AGUGCCAGCAAGGGAGGGAAGCGCUCAGGCGUUGCUCAGCGCUCCUUCCCGUUGUCCCUAUCCACCGGGCUCCCGGGGGCGGGGGAAACGGUCCCGGGAGCGAAUGGACGGAGAGUUGGGCGGGCCGGGCCGGCGAGACAAGUUCAUUUAAAGGAGCUUCUGGCAAAACAGCGUGAGCGGACAGGGAAGGCAAAGGGGCUACAAGUCUCUUUAGGAGGAGAGGAGAACAUUUAAAAAAAGUAAUCUAUUCGAGUUGAUUGGUGACUAACACGGAUAAUAAUAAAAGACAAGAUGCCGCAAAACGUGGUUUUGGCAGGACCAGGUCCGUGGGGUUUUAGACUGACCGGUGGGGCGGAUUUUAACCAGGCUCUGACCGUCUCCCGGGUAACACCUGGAAGCAAGGCCUCACUAGCUAAUCUCUCCCCUGGUGAUGUCAUUCUGGCCAUUGAUGGAAUAAGUACAGACGCUAUGACACAUGUUGAUGCUCAGAAUAGGAUCAAGGCUGCCUCCAGUCAGUUAAGCCUCAAGAUUGACCGGCCUGAAACUAAGCUUUGGUCUCCUCAAGUCACUGAAGAUGGCAAAGCAAAUCCCUUCAAGAUUAAUUUAGAGGCUGAGCCACAGGAAUUCAAAUCUAUUGGAGAGUCCCAUAACAGAAAGGCCCAGCCAUUUCUUGCUGCAGGAAACAUUGAUGACAAAAGACAGGUAGUGAGUGCCACCUAUAAUUCUCCAAUUGGCCUAUAUUCUGCUGGCAACAUACAAGAUGCCAUCCAGGGACAACUAUGUGGCCUGGCCAUUGACCCACAGGAGAAAGUUGAGCCAGCACCAGGAGUUGAAAACUCAGCAGUCUACAAGAUGCUACAUGACAACCAGGAGGAAAAGAAUGAGCCGAGACAAUCUGGGUCCUUCCGUGCAAUCCAGGAUUACCUGGAGGCAGAAGAAAGUGGUACUCGCCCUGUGGUGACUCGAAGUGUGAGGGCUCCAGUGACAAAAGUCGGUGCUUCCACUGGAAGUGUUCAGAAGCUGCCACUGUGUGACAAGUGUGGAAACGGAAUAGUUGGCACAGUAGUGAAGGCCCGUGACAAGUAUCGACACCCGGAAUGCUUUGUUUGUUCUGACUGUGGCGUGAACCUCAAGCAGAAAGGUUACUUUUUCAUAGAGGGACAACUGUACUGUGAAGCCCAUGCAAGAGCAAGAACAAAACCACCAGAGGGAUAUGAUGCUGUCCCCGUUUAUCAGAACAUGAAGGUUUAACUUGCCUGUGGAGAUCUGAAAGAAAAUAACAGAUCGGAUCCAUUCAUAUGAGAAGCCUUUCCUGUUAAUAUUAUGCUGCAUCUCAAAAUGGUUAACCUUUAAGUACAAGCAGUGUCCCAUUGCAAGAUAUAUUUAGAGAAUGCAACUCGUUCAGUUAUCCAUGUUAGCAGACUGCUACAUGUAAACCUUGCAGAAAGCCACAUAGCUCUAUGCAUUGCUGCAAUGAUGCAACUAAUUAUUUAAACAGCAUUGUUUGUAUAAUCACAUCUGUAAAAGCAGUAAAAUCAAUGCAUUGUUAAAACACAUUGUACCAUGACUGCUAAUGUAACAUCUUAGUAAGCAGGCCUUUAGGCCUUUGAAAUAUACAUUAAACAAAUCUUGUG